AUGCCUUCAACAUGGUCUCGGGGCGAGGCCACUACGCCGAGCGGCCACUGCCAGGAAUCUGAUAUGGAGAAGGGGAUGUACGACAGCACGCAGAGCUUGCUGAUUCUGCCACCUCUCGCCCAUGUAGGCCAGAUGCCAACUCAUACCGAGGGCCCCUUGUCCCCUAUCUCACCAAUCCAUGAAGGCAUUUCUCCGUUCUCAAGUGUGCCACGACUGUCGCUACAAUGGCCCAAAGGGUGGCAGGCCGCAAAAGCUCCGCCGCCUGAUCAAGUAGCCAAGAAACCAGCGCGGCCAAAACAGAAGAUUAGUCGAUGGAUCACCUUUCAACUUUGGUUCAACACAUACCGUAAGUUCUUCACCAUUGUCACCUUGCUCAACCUGGCCGGAAUAAUCAUGACUGCACUCGGUCGGUUCCCUUAUGCCGAGAGCCAUCUUGGUGCAUUGGUGCUUGGAAACCUACUCUGCGCAAUCCUGAUGCGAAACGAGUUGUUCCUGCGGUUCCUAUACCUAAUCGCCAUAUAUGGCUUGCGAAGUUGGGCUCCAUUAAGCAUCAAGAUUGGAGUAACUUCAAUUUUGCAACAUGUCGGAGGCAUCCAUUCGGGAUGCGCACUCUCUGGCGCUGGGUGGUUGAUAUUCAAGAUUGUCGACAUCAUACGGCAUCGAAGCCUUUACCACAGAUCUGUGAUCAUCACUGGCAUCAUCACAAAUGUCCUUGUGAUAAUUUCGGUCUUGUCCGCCUUCCCUUGGGUUCGCAAAUUAGCUACCAUCAUAACGUAUUUGAGAAGCACCACCGCUUUAUCGGAUGGCUGGACCACAUGGUUUUUCGUAGUCUUGGGAAACACUUACGAUAUCACACUUGGGCAAUGGAGAGUCGACACUUAUUCGCUGCUCCACGCGCAGGAGCUCUGGUUUGUAAUUUUCAUGACAAUAUUUGUUCUCGUUCCUUGGUUUACCCUUCGAGAGGUCACUGUGGAAGUUGAAAUUCCAUCGCCUAAAGUCGCGAUUCUCCGUUUCGACCGCGGCAUGCAGCAAGGUCUUCUGGGAAGAAUUAGUCGCACCUCGAUCAUGGAGUACCAUGCGUUUGGAAUCAUUAGCGAAGGCCGAAAAUCCGGGCAUCAUUAUAUGAUAUGCGGUGUUCAGGGUGACUUUACGAAGGACCUUGUUAUGAAUCCACCUAAAACCGUGUGGACUAGGGAGCUGAAGUUUGCUGGUGUUGGGCAUGCCUCCGCAAUGUUUAAAAGAGGGAUCCGCAUCUGCACUGGGACUGGUAUUGGGGCAGCGCUGUCUACCUGCAUCCAGGAUCCGAAUUGGUUCCUAAUUUGGAUAGGCUCUGAUCAAGAGAAAACCUUUGGACCAACAAUAACGGGUUUGAUCCACAAACAUAUCGAGCCUGAGAGAAUGAUUCUCUGGGACUCAAAGAAACGAGGAGGACGACCAGAUACUAUGGAACUCCUCAAAGCCACCUGGGCGAGUUUUGGAGCCGAGGUCAUCUUCAUUACCUCAAACAUGCAGGGGAAUGAUGAGAUGAUGCAAGGGUGUCGUGAAGCUGGGCUACACGCAUUUGGCACCCUUUGGGACUUCUGA